UCUUCUUUUGCAGAGAAGAGCGACGCCGAAAUGAAGGAACUAAUAUCCUGCGUUAUAUCGAAGAUUCCAGAUGCUAGCAGUUUCAACGACACGCUCGACAGAAUGGUCAAGGACCUCGGAUGCACUGAAAGACUCUGCGCCGUGCGAAAGCUGUGCGACCACGAAGAUGUGGAGGGGGCCUUAAGGAGACAUGUGACAGCUGCUCAACUUGAACUGCUGCAUGGCUUGACAGACAGCUGUUCAAACUUAGUCAAUCGUUGCUCCUCACAAAAUCACCACUAAAAUAAAAAAAAAUUACUUUCUUUA